AAUAACAAUAACAAAACCAAAAUAGGAACUCUUGUAUUCUCUUCUACACACUUUCCCCUUUCUCUAAUGUAUCCCAAACCCUAAUUAUCUUCAUCUUAACCCUAAUAACAUUCUCUAAAUCUAGUGUUUCUCAGCUUUCAAUAAGCACAUAAUAGAUUUAGUAGCAACAUUGAUUUACUUAUAGUUGUAAUUAGAAAUGUAUAGAGAUCGAGGAGGUGGUUCAUCAAAGUCAGAGAUGGUAGGUGGACCGUUGGAUCGAAAACGAAUCAACGAUGCGUUGGAUAAGCACUUAGACAAGUCGUCACCAUCUACAUCUAGGUCUUUCAAAGACAAAGCUGUUUCAUCUACAAGCAAAUCGCAUUUGGAUCAUCAUAAAAACAAGUGCUCUGAUGAGGAAUCUGAAACGGACAGUGAAGAGUCUGAAGUUAGUGGUUCUGAUGGGGAUGAUACUUCAUGGAUUUCUUGGUUUUGUAACCUGCGUGGUAAUGAGUUCUUCUGUGAAGUUGAUGAUGAUUACAUUCAAGAUGACUUUAACCUCUGUGGAUUGAGCAGUCAAGUUCCCUACUACGAUUAUGCACUUGAUCUCAUCCUUGAUGUUGAAUCCUCCCAUGGUGAUAUGUUCACAGAAGAGCAGAAUGAAUUGGUUGAAUCGGCAGCAGAGAUGUUGUAUGGUUUAAUUCAUGUUCGGUACAUUUUAACUAGCAAGGGAAUAGCCGCAAUGUUGGAGAAGUACAAAAACUAUGACUUUGGAAGAUGCCCACGAGUUUAUUGCAGUGGACAGCCUUGUCUUCCUGUUGGUCAAUCAGAUAUUCCGCGCGGAAGUACCGUAAAAAUAUACUGUCCUAAGUGUGAAGACAUUUAUUACCCUCGAUCAAAGUACCAAGGCAAUAUUGAUGGAGCAUACUUUGGGACAACAUUUCCUCAUCUCUUCUUGAUGACUUAUGGACACCUCAAGCCUCAAAAGCCAACACAAAAUUACACCCCCAGGGUGUUUGGCUUCAAGAUCCACAAGACUUGACAGUAAAGUCCGUUGUGAUGUUGUGAACAGAUCAAAUUUUCUGCCAGUAAUGAUUCUUGCCAGGUGGCUUUGAUGUACAAAUUCGUCGUGGUAGAGACAGGUGAAGCAGAGGAGUUCGUGAUAAUUAUGAAACAUUGUUCUUCAUUGAUGAAAUGCAGCUUGGCCAAUCUGUCAGGUGAAAUUUGUUCCUGAAAUGUCAUCAUGAAUUUACUAGAGCAUUUGUAAGCUUGUUUCUUUACCAGUUUGAGAACUGAUUUACAUUUCCUCAUCAACCACUUUUCGUGGCCCUCCGAUGAUCCUUUCAUCUCUCUUCAGUACUUUCCAUUUUCCAACAGAAAGGUGUUCAUCAGGAUUAUAGACUAGGCGAUUUCCAGUUGUAAUGAUGUAUUAAAAAGGUUAUCCAAGCUAAAGAUGUUAUGGAGCUACAACCAACCUCUUUCAUCCAAAAAAAGAAAAAGCUAUAAGCAACCUGGAAAUUGCUAUUAUAACUAAGAAUUUUUACUUUCGAUUACAUGGAGCAGGUGAAUAAUGAAUGUAUAUUGACUUUUGUCCCAA